AUGGGUCAACUGCCUGGCAUACGCGGACAAAUACCGCCGCAUGCACCCAAUACUCCACGAGCAUCACCCGCUCCACAAACCCAACAACAAACCAACCGCCGACCAAAAACUACGGCGUCCGGCGUACAAAAACACUACUGUGAUCAUCACCAACGGUACGUCCUACACACAACCGCAGAAUGCUCGCUUGGGCAGAACUCACGGCCCAACACGGCCACGGGUAACCAAUCACCACGAAACCUGCAAUCGUGUACCUAUCACCCAGGCCGCCUAGUCGCACACUCGACGGCGGAGUGCCGAAACAACCCGGCCAACCAGGUCAUACGGCGGCAAACUGCCCAAACCAGGGAAACGCCAAGAUUGGGCAGUGACGGCUGUCCUCUGCUCGAUCCCCCAAGCUACAGACAACAGCCUCACGAUCAUCAUCGGUAUCAAGAACAAACGCGUCACAGCACUGAUCGAUACUGGAGCCACCAGGUCAUUCAUGGCGACCAACGUCGCAGCAGAAGUAGGGCUAACACCCCACCCGAUGAAAGCAAAGAUCUCCGCAGCCGUCUUACACAUCUCCGCCGACAUCAGCCACUCGCCGACUACUCCGCGACCUUCUUUCUCCUCGCAAACGUGAGAUAUCCCAUAAUUCUCGGCCUCGACACGCUGAAAAACCUCCCGUUUUGUGUAACGCUCGAUGGCCAACGAAUAUUCUCUGGAUUCCAAACUAUAAAACCCAUAAACGAAGUACCACAAGCCGAACCCGGCGAAGGAAUUACGUUCGUAAACGGCUCUCCCGCAGAACAAAACGCGAUCGCGAACCUCCUGACCACAUACAAGGACAACAUCUUCCAGUGGUCAGGAAAACACGGCCUGUUCCCCCAACACAUCGCAUCCAUCCCAACGAACGGCCAAGACCCUGAGCCACCGAGACGCAUACGCCUGUCGCCCGACAAAAUACCAGCAAUGACAGAAAUCCUCGCCAACUAUACAAAAGCUGGCAUCAUCGAACCGGCACAGUCCACGCUGAACAGCAUCCAACUCCGCAAAGUACCCGAUCCAGGGCAGCGCGCAGAGAUCAUUGACCAAUAUCAUGUGGAAAUGGGCCACACUAACUGGAAGAAAACCUUCGAUACAAUUCGCAGAAGAUUCACCUGGCCCGGCAUGCGCACCGACAUCUUCCAUCAUGUCCUGCAAUGCGCCAAAUGCUUCACGUUCAACUCGGCGACUGCCGCAGUCGGAACCAAACUCACACCGGUCCCGCCCGCAGACAAACACGACCGCCUAGGCGUCGACUUCUGGGGACCCUUCCCUCCAUCGACAAAAGGGAACCGUUACGAUAAUAAUUCGCACGCGAUUGACUACUACUCACGCAGAGUGGUCACCACACCUGUCAAACGGGCAACAGCGAACGCCCUAUGCAGUUUCCUAGCAGACGUAUUCGCCCAAAUGGGAACGUUCGAAAUUAUCCACUUGGAUGGAGCAGCGGUGUUCAACUCGGCGCCGGACAUAUCCCAGGAACUCAAACUAGUCAAAGCACGCCACCAAAAAUACCGCAAACGGUACAUCAACCAAGCCAAUAAAAACCGCCGGCCCGCAUUUAAGCUCGGCCAAAUGGUUACCCUCAGGCCACGCCUAAAAACAACAGAAAAACAUGCAGCCAACCGGCGAUUUUUACCAAAACGCUUUGGCCCCUUCCGUAUCACGGCAGUCCUGGGCGAAGCGAAAUAUCGCAUCCAGACUCCAAUCGGCGAUAGACAGGCAAACGCCUGGGAGUUACAACCCUAUAACUUCCCCGUCGCGCCACCCCUGACCAUACCAAAGCAUCUAGAUAUCGACAAAACCGACCGGCCUCAAUUUCGCCUUGACCCUGGGACACUCGACACUACGAGCAAAACCGACGACAAAGCCCAGCCCGUGACAAGCUCCCCCGCAGCGCGUCCAGCAUGCAACGACCCCAAUACGGGCCCAGCCACACCAGGCCGCGAUCUGCCACGGACUCCCACAGGAACGUCGCCAAUAUCGAGCGUCAACAUUCCACAAUUCGACAGCCCUCCCCAGCAACCGACACCGUCGCCUCAUCCAGAUCUGACAACCGACGCAAACGCCGCCGAUUCCCCAGCUCCAGUAGCUCCGAAUCGUCAGUGGAGGAAGCGCCAAAGGACAUCAAGCCCCGCCGCCGGACCCUCGCACAACCCCUCGAUGGCACCGGACCCAUCACCGACAACGACAACUAGCCACAGCCACCGGACAUCAACAGGAUCUCCAAACGCCCAAGGACCUUGA